UCAUCAGCGUUCCGCAUUCAAAACACUUGUCCGCCAACGCGCUCAUUUCAAACUCAUUAAAGUCGCGCUCAGCAACAGUCACCACAGAAACACAAUUGCUCUCGAAAAGUGUGGACCAGACAGCCCGUGUCGUUUCAAAUAUUUUUCUUAUUCCUGCUAACUUACACACAGGCAGCCGUGUUAAAACAAAAAAUCGCUGAUGAGUGCUUAUUCGCUUGUUAAAAGAAUGAACAACUUCACAACAAUUGGUUUCGCGGAUCAGAAUUGGCGGUUUGACGUCUGACAGCAAGAACAACAACUACAAACAGCAAAUUUCAACAAUAAUAGUCAAUAUAAUUAUUUGCCUCUGGGUAGCCUCCAAAAGCUAGCAAAGGGCAAGAAAGUGCAAAUAACACAAUAAUUUAGUUGAGGAUCAAAUUUUGAAGUUUUGCGAAGACGCGGUUCGAGUUCUACUUUCACGAUAUGGCAGAUGCUGUACGUCAAAGCGAGCGAUUGGUGAUGCCAUGGGGUUCGUUUUAUGCACCCAUCUCGCGCCCAUCUCCCGGAGCACAGUCGACGGUGAAAUCAACGUUGAUCGCUAUGAAUGCGAACGAGCGGACACCGCUCUUGAAGAAGGGUCAAAGUUAUGGUGGCACAUCGUUGGCGGCAGCGGCGGCUUUCAGUGAUGGCUAUGUGAGUGAGAGUGCAGCAGACAGCAGCUAUGGCAGCGAUAAUGAUAAUUCGAGUGUCAAAGGCGAUUAUGCUGGACAUGAGCACGCCGGGAUGGGAAAACAUAGAAGGGAUUGCUGCUCAUAUUUGCAAAUUAUGACAUUUGUUUUGAUUCUAGCCGGUGGCUGUGUUAUCGCCACUUAUCUCUUGAUUGCUGAAUCGCGUAUACCGGCCUUGCAAUUCUCGUUGGAUCUCGUGCAUCGUGACAUUUGGAGCAAUGUUUCCGUGCCACUUGCAGACUUCCUCAACUUUUCCAACGUCAUAAAUAUCGUUAUAAUGCAGACGGGUGGAUCCGGUUGUGAAAAACUGGACAAAUGUCUACAAAUACUGCAGGGACUACAAAAACAGUACCAAAAGCAGCUUGGCAUGGCGCAGGAGGUGCCAUUUAACUUCCUAAUCGGUGGUGAUCGUCAGACAUAUGAAGCACGCGGCUGGAACUACGAAAGCGGCCUCAAUUGGGUGGCGCAAAAUGCAACGCUGGUGAUCGCUUUCAUAGGCAACUAUACAACACUGGCGCCCAACGCUUUGCAGCUGCGUUCAACAUUAUCACUUAUUGCGGAGUCGGUGCGACAAAAGAAGCUGCAGCGUCAGUACAAAAUUUACGGCUUACAAAAUUUAACAAACAGCGAAGUUGAUGGCAAAGCGCUCUUCGGCGCUAUUAGCCAGUGGACGCAGUUCAAAGGGCUCAUACAGGUGCUCUGAGCUUGCCACAACGGUUGUGUGUCUAUCUCCAGAUAUUAUGGAUUUCAGUAGAGUACUCAAGUAAUUCUUUCAUGCCAGAUCAAGUGAAAAAAAUUUAAAACAAUUUAAUUUACUAUUUAAAAAGUAAGCAAAUGAUUUAUUUAGCCAUUACGCAGUUACACAAAAGCACGAAGCAUUGUAUUUGUAUUUAAAGUACAUAUGUAUAACAAUAUACAUGAGUAUAAAUAUAUGUUUGUACACAUAUAUA